AUGGCACAACCAACUAUUGACGAUUGGUUAGACAUUGUAGCCGGAUAUUUCGAGAAAGCUCAGUUUCCAAAUUGCGUCGGCGCCGUAGAUGGCAAACAUAUACGUUUGGAAUGUCCCAAAAACAGUGGGACAUUGUAUUAUAAUUACAAACAUUAUUUUUCACUCAUCCUGAUGGCAAUUUGUGAUUCUAAUUACUGUUUUAGAAUCAUAGAUGUGGGUUCCUACGGCAAGGAAAGUGACUGUAAUGUCUUCAAACGAUCAGUGUUUGGUAAAAAAUUAUACGGAAAUAAUUUAAAUUUGCCACCCAAAAUUUGUUUACCUGGUGAUGAUAAUGGUAUUCCUCAGCCUUAUGUAAUAGUCGCUGAUGAAGCAUUUGCGUUACAUACAAAUUUAUUGCGACCUUUUCCCGGCAGAUCAUUAAAUGACGACAGAAGAAUUUUCAAUUACAGGUUAUCAAGGGCUCGACAACAUAUAGAAUGUUCUUUUGGAAUAUUGUCGAAAAAGUGGAGAGUUUUUCAAACAAGUUUACUGGUUGAACAUGAUUUUGCUGUCGCUGUGACAAAAGCAUGUUGUGUGCUACACAAUUUCGUUCGGCGUAGAGAUGGCAUCAACAAUGAUGAUAUCCUUAGUUGUACAAUGGACGAUUUAACAAGCCGUAGAACGGAAAAUCCGCCAACAAAUGCCAAAGAAGUUCGAGAAUACUUAGUUAAGUAUUUCAACGCUCCACAACAUGCACUUAAGUGGCAAAACAAAGUCAUUGGAAAAUAA